AUGGCGAUAGUAGUCAGAAAAGGAUUGUCUUUCUUUCACCUUAUGUGCGUAUUGGACAUUGUUUGCGGACAAAUUCGGUACUCGAUUCCCGAGGAAUUGGAGCUCGGUGCCUUUGUUGGCAACAUCGCUGAGGAUUUAGGCCUAAGCAUUCGAGAACUCAUCACUCGAAAAUUGAAGCUGGUCGCCGAUGAUGCGAUUCAGUUAUUGAAGGUAAACAUGAAUAAUGGCAUUUUAGUUGUGAACGAGCGAAUCGACAGGGACGACAUCUGCAAGCAACUGUCGCCUUGUUUUGUUUCUUAUGAUGCAGUUUUAGAAAAUCCGUUAGAGUUGCAUGGGAUUGAAGUGGAAAUAUUGGAUAUAAACGAUAAUGCGCCCAGAUUUACAGAGAAGGAAUACUAUUCAGAAGUCUCUGAAUUUACCGCAACGGGUGAGCUCUUUGCUCUAGAGAGAGCGCAGGACACGGAUGUGGGAACCAAUACAGUAAUGUCAUAUCAAAUGAGCUCAAAUGAACACUUCCGUUUGAAGGAACAAAACACAGCCGAUGGGAGUAAAACUGCAGUGCUGAUACUAGAAAAACCGCUAGACCGCGAACAGCAGUCCGAAUUCCAACUAAUACUGACGGCCAUUGACGGUGGGAUUCCUCCAAGAUCUGGUACAGCGAAAAUUAUUAUUUCUGUACAAGACGUCAAUGAUAACGCUCCCACCUUUAGUCAUCAAACAUAUAGGGCUAAUGUUGUGGAGAAUGCACCUGCCGGUACUAUAGUGACCACGAUAAACGCUGCUGAUUUAGAUGAAGGAAAAAAUGGUGAGGUUAAAUACUCUUUCAGCCCACACGUUGAUCAAAGAUUUCAAGGGUUGUUCAAUUUAGACUCAGAAACGGGACAGAUUUAUGUGAAUGGAUCUCUAGACUAUGAAACAGAAAACGUUUAUGAUAUUGAGGUACAAGCUGUAGACAAAGGUUCACCGGCAUUAAGCGGGCGCGCCACAAUCAUCGUUGAAUUAAUUGACGUUAAUGAUAACGCUCCGGAAAUAAAGGUAACAUCCGUAGCCAACAAUGUGCGUGAAGAUGACGACAUCGGGACUGUAGUCGCUAUAAUAAAUGUCAUAGAUCGUGAUGCUCGUGAGAAUGGACAAGUUCGUUGUCGACUUCAAUCGAAUAUCCCCUUUAAACUUCAGAAGUCUUUGAACAACCAGUUCAAGUUAGUAAUUAACGAUGCAUUAGAUCGAGAAAGCACUUCGUCCUAUAAUAUCUCUAUUACAGCUUGGGAUGCAGGGCAGCCCUCUCUUUCAGCAAACAGGACGUUAUUCAUUUCAGUCUCAGAUGUUAAUGAUAACGUACCAAGGUUUACUCAGUCAUCGUAUCAGGCGUUUCUCAUGGAAAAUAAUAGACCAGGUGGAUCUAUACUUACUGUUACAGCUUUUGACUCCGAUUUUGACAAGAAUAGCGAAGUAUUGUAUUCCCUCGUGGAGAGCCCCAUGGGAGAUGCUUAUUUGUCUGGCGCGGUAUCUAUUAACUCAGAAAGUGGGAAUGUUUACGCACUGCGCUCCAUGGACUAUGAAAAAUUGAAGAAGUUUCAAUUCAAAGUUCAAGCCUCUGAUUGUGGAUCACCUGUAAUGAGCAGCACCGCCACGGUGAAUGUGGUGAUCUUAGAUCAAAAUGACAAUGCUCCAGUGAUAGUAUCGCCAUCUAAAUGGAACAAUUCCGCGGCGACUCAGAUUGUACCCCAGUCAGCAUUUCCAGGCUUGGUUGUUUCCCGAAUAAUUGCAACUGAUGCAGAUUCAGGACAGAACGCCCGCCUUUCGUACCAACUUUUGGAAGCUACAGAUCGUAGUUUGUUCACUGUGGGAUUUCUUUCUGGAGAAAUUAGAAUCUCCCGAAAGUUUAACAAUGAUGAUAGUCAUAAGCAUCGACUUUUAAUCUUGGUGAAAGACAAUGGACAACCAAGUCUCUCCAGUACCGCUACUGCUCUGUUUUCAUUCCUGCACAAUGCUACCGAAAGCUUUUCUGAAUUAACAAAUAAGCCAAAAGAUAAUGUUGAUUUUUCAGACUUACAUCUGACCUUGAUUGUUACGUUGGGAUCAACAUCUUGUAUAUUUCUAGUAGUGAUUGUUUUGCUGGUCAUUCUAAAGUGCAGCCAAGAUAGAAAUAUUUAUGAUUAUAAUGCUAGAACGUGCUGCUGCGGUUGGGAGCAUUCAUCCAGCGACUUUAAUCGCACAGCUGUGCCAAAAGAAAUUCUGAAUUAUGUAGGUGUUGGACGGACUUUGCCAAUUCGGGAAUCGCAUAAUUACACUGUUACGCUCUCACCUGCUUCAUCUAGGAGCGAUUUCUUGUUUUUAAAACCGUAUCAUCCCACGUUGCCUCUGGAUAAUUUAAGCGCUUGUGGUUCAGGAAAAUAA